GAGGCGGGCUGGCGGGUGUCAGGACGGAGCCGGGUGUCAGUGUGAGGAGGACGGAGCCCGGACAUGGCCGAUGUCUUCCCGAGCGGUGAGUCCGGAUCUAUCAUCCAUGACGGGGCCCAGAGGUUCGCCCGGAAAGGGGCGCUCCGCCAGAAGAACGUCCAUGAGGUGAAGAACCACAAAUUUAUCGCCCGGUUCUUCAAGCAGCCGACCUUCUGUUCCCAUUGUACCGACUUUAUAUGGGGUUUCGGGAAACAAGGAUUCCAGUGUCAAGUUUGCUGUUUUGUGGUGCACAAGCGCUGCCAUGAAUUCGUCACGUUCACCUGUCCCGGGGGGGACAAGGGCCCCGACACAGACGACCCCCGCAGUAAGCACAAGUUUAAGAUUCACACCUACGGGAGCCCCACCUUCUGCGACCACUGCGGAUCGCUGCUCUACGGGUUAAUACACCAAGGAAUGAAGUGCGACACCUGUGAUAUGAAUGUACAUAAAAUCUGCGUCGUCAACGUGCCCAGUCUAUGUGGGAUGGACCAUACGGAGAAGAGGGGGCGGAUCUUCCUGAAGGCCGAGGUCAUCAGAGACGUCCUCAAUGUCGCCGAUCAUCGCUUACCAGCCGUAUGGGAAGUCUGUGGAUUGGUGGGCCUACGGGGUCUUGCUCUACGAGAUGCUGGCCGGACAGCCGCCGUUCGAUGGCGAAGAUGAGGACGAGCUUUUCCAGUCGAUUAUGGAGCACAACGUGUCGUACCCGAAAUCCAUGUCUAAGGAGGCCGUGUCCAUAUGCAAGGGGCUGAUGACGAAACACCCGGUGAAGCGGCUGGGCUGCGGGCCGGAGGGGGAGAGGGACAUUCGGGAACACGCCUUCUUCAGGAGGAUCGACUGGGAGAAGCUGGCAGGCAGAGAGAUCCAGCCACCGUUCAAACCCAAAGUGUGUGGCAAAGGAGCCGAAAACUUUGACAAAUUCUUCACAAGGGGACAACCCGUGCUGACACCUCCCGACCAGCUGGUCAUCGCCAACAUCGAUCAAGCCGACUUCGAAGGCUUCUCCUACAUCAACCUGCAGUUCGUACAUCCCAGCCUGCUGAGUGUAGCUUGAUGACAGAGAACUCUGAAUGGGACCUUUUCCGGGGGCAUGAAGUCUUAACCCUACAAUUUUAAGGUCACGGCUUUUUAAAAAAAGGAAAAAAAAAACGAUGACACAGAAAAAUAGGCACCUGUAAAUUCUAGGGUUAAUAUUGUUGAAGGGGUUAAACAAAAAUCUUGUUCUAUUAUUGAAAUGGUAGAGGUUGUCCGGUGAGAAGAACCCUGGACCCGCGCCUCUUCAUACGGUAAAAACUCAGUGAGCGCAGUUCCUCUCGCGGGCUCCGUAACUAGCGUACAAAACACUAUAUUUGAAUAUCGCGUUCGGCUAGAAGAAGGAAAGAAAUGUUGAGUAAGACCAAAUUAUUAUUAUUAUUUUUUUUUUUUUUUAAAUAAAAUGGUCAGUGGUCUUCCUACUAUUUUACGGGUCAGUAGGUCGUUUCCUGAGGACACAAAUCUUAUCUUACAUCUAUAUUGCCAUAUGAGAUGCAGAGUUAAAGGUACGUAGUAAUGCUCUGAACUUGGUCUGGGACCAGAUUCAAGGUUCCUAGGCAGGCCAAAUUCCUUGUUGCCAUGUAGAACACACACACAUAUCGAUAUAAAGCCAACAGUAGUAAGUACAGCAGCCGUUGUGGAGUCUAGAAGUUGAGAUACAUCGACGACGUUUUUUUUUUUUUUUUAUAUUUUUUCUUAUGGUUGACGUGUGUUGGCACUAGUUUGGCAUAUCUUAUAUGAAGGUACUCAAUGGAGCGUUCUUGACUCAGAAUGCCAUAACAUGCCUUUCUAGCAAAUGGGCGAGGGGGCUAUCCAGGAAAAGUCUUAUUAAUCGAAUCUUAAUAAUUAAUACUUAAUCACCUUACAGAACAAUGGAAUCCAAACGGAUUGAAGAGAAGGGUUCUUUUGUUUUUUGUUUGUUUGUUUUUUUGCCAUAUAUAUAUACGUCAUGCAAUGAUUUUUUUUGCAUGUUUAUAUAAUGUAUUCUUAAUUGAUUCUGUGAUAAAUUUAGCUGAAUCUCCAUUAAGAGUAUUAAUGAGAAAUUUUUAUAUAAAAAAAAAGAAAAGAAUCAUGCUAUAUUUGUGAAGGUUUUUUUUUUUUCUCCUUUUUUUCUUCUUUUUUUCUUUAUGCUCGUUUUUGGGCUGUUAACUUUUGUUAGAUUUUAGGCUAAUGCUCAUUGCAUUUUUAUUUUUCAUAACGUCUGUGGAAUAGGGUCUAUGUAUUUUCUAUACUUACUCUGAGCACCCCCCCCCCCCCCCCAUCUUGAUGCCAGAGUCUCCAUUCUAUCCAUUUUCUUUGUCCUCGACCCCCCCCCCCCCCCCUUCCCUAUCCUGUUUUCAGAAUGUACUAUGAAUCUAUUAUAUUUGUAUCAAGGUAUUCCUCACCUUAAAGUCGGCACCCGUUGGCUUCACCCCCCCCCCCCCCUCUCCCCGCGUUCCCUGUCGGUAAAAUUCUGUUUUCCCUUCCGGUUGCAUGUCGUCGGCGAGUGCAUGCGAUGCGUUGAACUGGUGCAUGCCGAAAGGUUUGCGGAUUGGCUUUUUUUUUUUUUUUGCAUGUUGAUUUUCAUGGGAACUCCGCCUGUAUUCCAUAGGAUCAAAAAAAGUUGAGAUAUUGAGUCUUUUCUUUUUCUUUUUUGAUUUUGGAUCUUUUUGCAGUAAAGAAAAAAUUAAAGUUGUGUUGAGAUUUGUGCCAAAAAAUGAAAUUUUCUUUGCAAGCAUUGCUUGAAGAUGCAGUUCUACCCCAUCGCGCCAUAUGGUGGACUUCAGACGUAUUUUUUUUUCCCCUUCCCCCCUUUUUGUUCUUAACCCCUUGGCGCUGGCUGCAUGCAAAAUAAGUCGGCCUCUCGGCGUGUGAGCCUUGGCGCCAGCUGCGUGCAAAAUUGGCGGCCUCUCGGCGGGUGGGCCUUGGCACCGGCUUCAUGCAAAAUUGGUGGGUUGGCCUUGGCGUCGGCUGCAUGCAAAAUAGGCAGCCUCUCGGCGGGUGGGCCUUGGUGCCAGCUGCGUGCAAAAUUGGCGGCCUCUCGGCGUGUGAGCCUUGGUGCCAGCUGCGUGCAAAAUUGGCAGGUUGGCGUCGGCUGCAUGCAAAAUAGGCAGCCUCUCGGCGGGUGGGCCUUGGCACCACUCGCAUGCAAAUAUGCAGUCUCUUGGUAGGUGGCCAUCGGGCCGCCCGCAUGAAAAUAUGCAGUCUUUCGGCCGGUGGGCCUUUGCACAAAGCAGGCCUGUAUUCGCGUAAAUUGAUGUAAAUACAGCCGAGAGUGCGCUUCCAGUGUCCUGACGAUAAAUGCCCCUUGUCGAAUAAUGCCCGCCCAGUACUGCGCAUGUGCAGCGCUUUUGCGCAGUACGGAGCCGCCGAAAAGCCUCUGAACAUCCAAAUUGACGAUCAGCUGUAGACGGUGCCUGCGCACUAUAGUCGACAUACUGCCAGGCGCUCCUUAUGCUUGUACCAGUCUACAAAGGGCGGAUUUGUUCAUGAUGGACGCGUGUGAGGGGGGGAUGCCUACAGAAGGGGGCGUCAUUUCUAAUGAUGAAUAGUUCUGAUAAGAUCGGCCCCCGAAUUUUAUAAUAAACUCAAACACAUCUCCUAAAAAAAUAUAUAUCUCUGCUAUACUUUGUGACCAAUCUUUCACAACCAAUAGCACUGCCCAUCAUUACAAAAUACACCCCCCCAUUCUGUAGGCAUCCGGCCCUCGCAUGCGCCCUUAAGUACAAAUCCGCCCCUUGUAGACUUGCACGAGCAUCGGCAGCGCGUGGCAAUAUGUCGACUAUAGUGCGCCGGUGCCGUCUACAGCUGAUCGUCGAUUCCGAGGUUCGGAGACUUUCGGCGGCUCCGUACGACGCAAGCGCUGCCCAUGCGGGCAUUAUUUCGACAGGGGGCAUUUCUCGUCAGAACACCGGCACAGUUACCGGCGGCUAAUGAAAAAUUCCCGAACGCUACUUGUGGUCACGUGAUCAUAAACCCCACCCCCCUACCAUCCUAAACCUAUUAAAGGGCCGGGAGGCGCCAAGGGGUUAAAUCAUUAUUGGUAGUCGCCUUUAGACCAGAGAGAUUUUUUUUUUUUUUACCUUUCGGUUUUUAUACCAGGCGGCCAACCUUAAACGUUAUUGAAAUGUUUGUGCCACGUUUUGAUGUAUCUGCUCCAUGCAGGUCACCUGGACACUGCCAGCCCUUGUGGGUACCAAUGGGCAUUCUCUGCCAGACGUCCUGCUUGAUUAGGACCUUUAAGGCUGAUGGAGAUGAUGAGAAAAUGCCUGUUUUUGUUGUGUCCAGUUCUGCCAAAUAAAAUAUAUCUUUUGUUUUUUCCAAAACUCACGAAGCUCAAAAAACUAUAUAAAAAUUUAGCAAAGUAUAUUUAUAUAUAAUAAUAAUAAUAAUAAUAUAUAAUAUUGAAGAAAAAUCAGUUUUUAAAGAUUUUUUUGUAAAUUUUUGGUUUUAUAAGAGACAAAAAAAAAAUGAGUGAAACCUCUGCAGUGUUUUUCAAUUCUGACUAUUCAGUAUGGAUGGGCCCCGGGCUCCGUCACGAGCAAAAGUUUUUAUAUAUAAAACCCCACGGCCAUUUUCAUCACAAUAAACUGGGGACUGAAGAAUUGAUCUAGGGCCAGGGGUCUCCAAACUUUGACCCGCGGGUCACCUCAAGAUUUUAUCUGGCCCCACAGCUGGGUUCAGUGGUGUGUCUUUGGGGUCCAUGCACACAAGUGUUUAGGUGCAUUGACCUAAAAUACUAGAAAAAAUUUACUUAAAAAGGCUGGACGUGCCCAAGCGCCACGUUUAGGCGUGUCAAGAUGUUUUAUUUUAUAUUUUUUCAGCCUGUAAACGCUCCUCUACAAAUGUGCCUGGAUAGAUAGGCCAGACACUUCACUUCUACAGCCUAAAAGAAAAUAAAAAAGGCCAAAAGAUGAGCCACAUUUUUUAUGUCCAGUGUACAUGAGGCUGCCUGUGGCGUCCUCUUCAAUUCCCCUCCAUCAUGUAACGGGGAACUCUGAGGACCCUGAUGUAAGGGGGGGUCUCUGAUGGGGGACCCUUAUGUAAGGCAGGGCUCAUGUAGGGUCCCUGAUGUAAGGGGGGUCUCUGACGAGGACAAGGAUGUAAGGGGGUUGCUGAUGGGGGACCCUGAUGUAACGGAGGGCUCAUGUAGGGUCCCUGAUGUAAGGGCGGUCUUUGACGGGGACAAGGGUGUAAGGGGGUUGGUGAUGGGAGACUCUGAUGUAAUGGAGGGCUCAUGUAAGGUCCCUGAUGUAAGGGGGGUCUCUGACGGGGAUUGGUGAUAGGGGACCCUGAUGUAAGAGAGGUCUCAUGUAGGGUCCCUGAUGUAAGAGGGGGUCUCUGACGGAGACAAGGAUGUAAGGGGGUUGGUGAUGGGAGACCCUGAUGUAACGGAGGGCUCAUGUAGGGUCCCUGAUGUAAGAGGGGGUCUCUGACGGGGACAAGGAUGUAGGGGCAUUGAUGAUGGGGACCCUCAUGUAAGGUAGGGCACAUAUAGGGUUUCUGUUGGGGACAAGGAUGUAAGAGUGUUGGUGAUGGGCCCAUAUAGGGUCUCUGAUGGGGACAAGGUUGUAAGGGGGUUGGUGAUAGGGGCCCUGAUGUAAGGGUGGACACAUACAGGGUCUAUGAUGGUGGCAAGGAUGUAGGGGCAUUGAUGAUGGGGACCCUCAUGUAAGGUAGGGCACAUAUAGGGUCUCUGUUGGGGACAAGGAUGUAAGAGUGCUGGUGAUGGGCUCAUAUAGGGUCUCUGAUGGGGACAAGGUUGUAAGAGUGCUGGUGAUGGGCUCAUAUAGGGUCUCUGAUGGGGACAAGGUUGUAAGGGGGUUGGUCAAGGGGACCCUGAUGUAAGGGAGGGCUCAUAUAGGGUCUUUGAUGGGGACAAGGUUGUAAGGGGGUUUGUGAUGGAGACCCUGAUGUAAAGGGGGGGGCUCAUAUAGGUUCUUUGAUUGAGACCCUCAUGUAAGGAAGGGCACAUGUAGGGUCUCUGAUGGGGAGAAGGAUGUAAGGGGGAUGCUGAUGGAGACCCUGAUGAGGAAACUGAUGUAAGGGGAACUCUGUCAGAGGCCCUGAUAUAAGGGAGCACCUCAUUGGGAAUAAGAUAUUCGGGGGACCCCAAAGGGGACAUUUUUUCAGCCCAUGAGUAUAUGUAAAAUAUACAACGUGACCCUCGUACUGAAAAGUUUGGAGACCCCUGAACCCCAGGGGAUAAUAUAUUUGACAAUAAUUCCACUCCUCCUGUCUUGAUAACGGAAAAGUAUUUUGUCCAAAUUUUUUACCCGAUUCUGAACUCUCCACAAUUCCAGCCAUGGUAUUCGCCAUAACUCAAGUAUUCGCUGGAUUUCCAGUAUAUGUAAACCUAUCUACGCCUAGAAUUCGUUCCCGUGUCCUCUCAUCUGUGGGCAUUGGGUUGAAGAACACUCAGGAUCCGCUUGACAUAUAUCCAUAAUGAAAUGUACAGCCUGACGUAUAUACAGAGAUCGAAGGUACAAUGUACAGCUCCUAGGAUUAUCAAUGUAGUUGAUUAGGAGAACGUUUAUCGCGGCCAUAUCUGUUCAUUAUUAACCUUUUAUAAUGCAUGUUAGGCCUUCAUAAUCCGUCCAGUGAGAAGAAUUUGCUAAUACGAGUUACGAAACCAAACUAGUUUUACUGCAUAAAGUGAUUAAAAUAAAACAACAAAUAACCUAAACUGAUGUGUGAUGUACGUGUUGCGUGUAAUAACACUGUAUGGGCGGGACUGUCUGUGGGGGGAUUCAGGCGAAUUCUGUUCCCUCCUCGUAUUCUGUUGAUUUCUAAAUGGUACUAUGCACACAGAGACUGUUCCGAGGGGCUGGUCUGGAGCGCCAAAUUACAACCUUGUUCUGAUUCUGUUGUUUUCGGAUGUUUAUAUUAAAGCAAAAAGGAAAAAAAGUA